AUGAGGACGAAGCAUUCAGCACUUCAUUGUCUUCGAACUCUCUGUGAUUUCGAUGGCACAGAUAUCACUGGAGCUAUAUUCCUUUCCCACAUGGAUGCUCGAAUCAUAUCACUUGUUGUGCGAACACUGCAGCAAAUUUCGGUACCUUUUGAUAGAUUGAGUGGUGUUCCGGCUGAUGCUCCUGAAUACGUUGAAGUUCUUCGAAGCAUGCUUAACAUUAUGUCAGUGGGUGACGGAUGUUGUGCUCUGCUUGCUGUUUUCGCUUUCCAGAAUAACUUUAAGCAUUUGCUUCAAACAUUCAAUGCGAAAAAACUAGUUCCAUCAUCCGAGAUGCAUGGCGAGGACGAAUGCAAAACGCGCUUCCGACAAACCGCAAAUUACGGAUAUCUUUGUGAAAUUUUGUUUUCGCUGGCGCGAAAUCAAUCGAACGGGACAUUCUGGCGGACCGGCGGUCCAGCGAUUAAUAAAUUAAUUGAUAGCAAUUUGAUCUCGGCAGCAACAUCGCUGAAACAGUGGCUGGAGCCAUGCCGCGAAGAAAUGGCGCUCGGCACGAGCAUUAGCAAUGUGAUUUUUCUCGUUUCCAGGUUUGAAAUUGUUACAAAUCAACAGACCUUCUAUGCGUUUUUCGAAAUUAAAUGUUAA